GAUGGUUCGCAUGGAACACAAAUCACGUAGCAGUUAUCCCCAUGUUUGGACCAAAAUUGAUGAGAGCGAAAACAAUAAGUUCUAUCAUCAAGAUGAGCUGGAGAACCAGCUAAAGCAGAAACUAAAAAUAGAAGAUGUGCCAGACAGUAAAGACUCACCCCACGCCAUUUCACCGGAAAUGCACAAAAACCUUUUGGAAAUCUGCCGAUGUGGUCGUCCUAGGCGUGGCAUCCAUCUGGGCAAGUGUCUACAGCGAGCCCUCAAUCCGAACAUAGGCGAGAAGGAUAAGCAGUCAGAAGAAACAGAAGCUUUAACUCCAACUAGUAUGCCACGCACUUCAAACUCUAGCAUUGGUUGGAGAACUGCUUCAUAUCGUAAACUAGAACAGUCGAUGCAGUAUGCAUCCCCAACACACUCUAUGCCCGGUCCGCGCAUAACUGCCGCACCAUACAAUACCAUUAUCAUAGGCUAAGCUAUAAUUUCCUACUUUUACUUACUACACUG